AACGAGUCCUGUCGCGGCCACCGGCGUGGGGCGGGACCGGAGCCCCCUCUCAGGGGGCAGCCCCGAGAGAACCUGCAGCGGCCGGAGCGGUAAAAAUAAGUGACUAAAGAAGCAUAUCUGGAAGUCAUCUAACAUGUCGAGAAGAAGAUUUGAUUGCCGAAGUAUUUCAGGCUUGAUAACUACAACUCCUCAAACUCCAAUGAAAAUGGAAAACUUUAAUAAUUACUAUACACUUACAUCUAAAGAGCUAGGAAGAGGAAAAUUUGCUGUGGUUAGACAAUGUAUAUCAAAAUCUACUGGCCAAGAAUAUGCUGCAAAAUUUCUCAAAAAGAGAAGAAGAGGACAGGAUUGUCGAACAGAGAUUUUACAUGAGAUUGCUGUGCUUGAAUUGGCAAAGUCUUGUCCCCGAGUUAUUAAUCUUCAUGAAGUCUAUGAAAAUACAAGUGAAAUCAUUUUGAUAUUGGAAUAUGCUGCAGGUGGAGAAAUUUUCAACCUGUGUUUACCUGAAUUGGCUGAAAUGCUUUCUGAAAACGAUGUUAUCAGACUUAUUAAACAAAUACUUGAAGGAGUUUAUUAUCUACAUCAGAAUAACAUUGUCCACCUUGAUUUAAAGCCACAGAAUAUAUUAUUGAGCAGCAUAUGCCCUCUUGGGGACGUAAAAAUUGUAGAUUUUGGAAUGUCUCGAAAAGUAGGGAAUGCAUGUGAACUUCGGGAAAUCAUGGGAACACCAGAAUACUUAGCUCCAGAAAUCCUGAACUAUGAUCCCAUUACCACAGCAACAGAUAUGUGGAAUAUUGGUAUAAUAGCGUAUAUGUUGUUAACUCAUACAUCACCAUUUGUGGGAGAAGAUAAUCAAGAAACAUACCUCAAUAUUUCUCAAGUUAAUGUAGACUAUUCAGAAGAAACUUUUUCAUCAGUUUCACAGCUGGCCACAGACUUUAUCCAGAGUCUUUUAGUAAAAAAUCCAGAGAAAAGGCCAACAGCAGAGAUCUGCCUUUCUCAUUCUUGGCUACAGCAGUGGGACUUUGGAAACUUGUUUCACCCUGAAGAAACUUCCAGUUCCUCUCAAAUUCAUGAUCAUACAGUAAGGUCCUCUGAAGACAAGACUUCCAAAUCCUCUUGUAAUGGAACCUGUGGUGAUCGAGAAGACAAAGAGAAUAUCCCAGAGGAUAGCAGCGUGGUUUCCAAAAGAUUUCGCUUCGAUGACUCAUUGCCCAAUCCCCAUGAACUUGUUUCAGAUUUGCUCUGUUAGCACUUUUUUCUUUGACUCAUUUGGACUGAAUUUGAAAUUUUAUAUCCACUCCAGUGUGAGAUUGUGGUUUGUAGCUUCAUAUAUGACAUGUUUAUAUUAUAAAUGCACUUUUGCAUAGAAGACGUUAGGGAAGUGUUUUAAUGCCAAAUUAUUUAGUAGCCAGUAUAAUAUAAUUUCCUAUCCUGAGAAAGGUCUGCAGAGAAGAAAAUAUUUAAACAUAUGACAAAACAUAAAAUACUACAUGUGAGUUCACAUGUUAAUGAAAGAAUUCAAGUUCAAGUGAACUUACCCAAAAUGUUUUACGUAUCAGGAAAAAAAGUGGUUUGGGUUAUAGUAUAGUUGGUAUAAACUGAACAAAAUGAAGAUAUUGGAAUUUAAUAGGUUCUCUAAGAUAAGUCCUAUACCAUACCUUGGUUGACAUAAUUUAUUAUAUUUAGUAAAACAGUAUCAAGUUUAAGCCAAAUUAUAUACUACUUUAUAGAUGCUCAAGAGAUGUUUUACAAUUGAAAAUGUUUUUCAAUUACAGAUAUUUCAAAACAGCAUAAGAUUUCCAUUAUAUAUGAUCUGUCAUAUGAAGAGGCCUUUAACCAGAGCAAAGAGGGAGUUAGAAACCUGAUCAGGGAUACUCUUUACAAUUUGAAGCAUAGAAAAGAGUAGCAUGGCUUCAUUUUUUAACUUAAAUGCCUUUUGCCCACUCUCAACAUACGUCAGAUCUAGCAAGAUCUGAAAGAGAUGAAGAAUAGAUGCUAUAGAAGUGUAGAGAUUUUUCAUCCUCUGGAAUUUCUAAAAUAGAAGGUACUUAGGUAAAAUUGAAUGUGUUCUAGUUUUAGUCAGUCAAACAUAUUUGUUAAUUGAAUAUAAAAGAAAAUGUUGACAGACUCAGGCAGCUUACUAAAUUUUAGAUGUCUUUUACAUCUUAGAAUACAAACCAGUCUUUCAGAGUUCUAAAAGUGUGCAUUAAAAAAAUCACAGCCCCAAUAGGACUAAUAAUACAAUGCCAGAAUUAGCAGUAGCAAGGUUGAUGUGAUCAUAAAACAUGAUGACAUCAAGUCCUUCUAAAGUUCUUGGGUAAAAUUCCUAGUGAGUGAGGGGCUCAGCAUAAGGCCAUCUGCAGAGUGGCCUCUCAGUGUGGUCCUUUGCUGGGAUGAAUGCAAGUAAGAGUCUAGGGAGAGCAGAAUAUUUGAUCAGUGGCCAGUGACUAUGUUUACUCCUAAUGGGGUGGGAAGAUUUACUCUUUUUGGGGUAAUCUUUGAUGAGUUUUCACCUGGUAAUCAUUAAAAAGUCUGUUAUAUUAUCAUGUUAAGAUAACUGUGAUGUUAUGACCAUAUUACGGUAUCAAAAGAAACUAUCUUUGACAAAAAACAACAACCUGAUGUUUCCCCUUUGAAUUGUACAGUGCUUUGAAACCUUUAACUUCUCAAAAUUUUCGUGACUCCAAAUUCGUUAAUAAUAAAACUAUUUUUAAUGAU